CUUUCCUCGAUCACGAACGACACCAAGUGAGCAUCUCGCCAACCUCCUUACCCGUCAAGAUGCUUAUCCCUAAGGCCGAUCGCAAGAAGAUCCACGAGUACCUCUUCCGAGAGGGCGUACUCGUUGCGAAGAAAGACUUCAACCUCCCGAAGCAUGGCGAGAUUGACACUAAGAACCUUUUUGUCAUUAAGGCCUGCCAAUCUCUCACCUCCCGUGGCUACCUCAAGACCCGCUUCUCAUGGCAAUACUACUACUACACCCUAACCCCCGAGGGCCUUGACUACCUCCGUGAAUGGCUGCACCUCCCCGCCGAGAUCGUGCCCCAGACGCACAUCAAGCAGCAGCGCUCGCACGCUCCUCCACGCGGUAUGAUGGGUGGUGACGACCGUGAGAGGCGUCCAGGUGGUGGACGCGGUGGACGUGGCGGCGACCGUGAUGGCUACCGACGACGUGAUGCUGGCGAGAAGGGUGAGGGUGGUGCUCCUGGCGAGUUCAAGCCUGAGUUCCGUGGUGGCUUUGGCCGUGGACGUGGUGCUCCUCCUUCCUAAGCUUUUAGUUGCUGGGUCGAAAGCGUGGAGGAUGGGUCCCGAGUCAACUUCAUUCCAGGCUUCUUACUGCAUUACAAAACAUGGCAUGGAUAUGGCGGUCAUUAGGCGAAAUGAGUUGGUGGUACUGCAAAUGAACUUGUCGCCUGCAUUGCGCAAUUGCAAUUGCAGCUGAC